AUGCUCACUCAUAUGCGGGAGGCGACGCUGAAGCCCGACCCCUGGCUGGUCAUCUGCAAUGCUGGGAUCAGCGCGUGCGAGAAGGGUGAGCAGUGGCAGCAGGCCCUGGCGCUGCUCAGUGAAAUGUGGGAGGCGGAACUGCAGCCCACCAUCAUCUUUCUACAACGCCGGGGCCAGCGCGUGCGAGAAAGGCAGGCAGUGGCAGUGGGCCCUCGCGCUGCUCGUCGAGAUGCGGGAGGCGAAGGUGGAGCCCGACGUCACCAUCAGCCAGAACGCUGGGAUCAGCGCGUGCGAGAAGUGCGGGCAGUGGGAGCGGGCCCUGUCGCUGCUCCGCGAGGCGCGGGCGGCGGGCCUGGGGCCCGGCGUCGUGAGCUACAGCGCCGGGAUCAGCGCGUGCGAGAAGGGCGGGCAGUGGCGGUGGGCCCUGGUGCUGCUCAGCGAUAUGCGAGAGGCGAAGCUGGAGCCCAACUUGGAACGUUCACCUACAGCGCAUCGGUCAGCGCCUGCGCGAAGAGCGAGCAGUGGCAGCGGACCCUGGCGCUGCUCGGCGAGGCGAGGGAGGCGAAGCUGGAGCCCAACGCCGUCUUGGUCCUCUACAACGCUGGGAUCAGCGCGUGCGAGAAAGGCGGGCAGUGGCAGCUUGCGAUGUCGUUGCUCAGCGAGAUGAUGUCGAAUGUGAAGUUAGAACCCAACGUGAUUAGCUACAGCGCUGGGGUGAGCUCUUGCGAGAAGGGCAAGGAGUGGCAGCAGGCCCUGUCGCUGCUCAGCGGAAUGCAGGAGGCCAACGUGGAGCCCAACGGGAUUAGUUGCAAUGCUGGGAUCAGCGCGUGCGAGAAAGGGGAGCAGUGGCAGCAAGCUCUGGCAGUGCUGUGCGAAUUCCUGGCGGCGAGCGUAGAGAUCGACGUCACCUAUCUUUUCUACUGUCAGAGGCAGCGCGUGCUGGAAGGGCGCUCGCUCCAGCUACUCAUCCUCGGCCUGGCCAGCCCCAGCUCGACCCUGGGACGCUCCAAGACAGCCCGAGUGGGUCCCAACAUGCCCCGAAUGCGAGGGUCGAGCCCCACGUUGUAA